GUCUUAGGCCGCUAGCCUCAAAAACGCGCGCGCGCGAAGCGGCGGCUCGACGGUGCGUGCGGUGCUUCACGCGUGAUAAAAACACUGUCUGCACAGCGCUCAUACAAGUUUUGAAGCGCUGCUUGCGUUUCGCAGCUCAGACAAGAAGUGCUGUAAUCAGCAGCACUGGCAUCGAUCCCUGCGCGGCCCGCGAACGCGCCGUCGCCGCGACAUAACAAAUGGACCACUGGCAGAACACGGAGCAGCGCGAGGACAAGUACGGCGACCACGGCGGCGACCACCAACAAUACCUGCAGCAAAAGCGCCGAAAGCUCGACGACCAGCGAAGGCGAACGGAAGGGAACUGGUUCGCCGGCUGCGUCGUCUGGAUCGACGGGCUGACGGACCCGCCGGCGGACGACCUCGAGCAGCUAGUCGUGGCGGGCGGCGGCCUCGUCUGCGAUUCUCGGGACCGGCGCGCGACGCACAUCGUGGCGGUCAAUAUGACGGCGGCGCAGACGAAGAAGCUGAAGGCGCGGAAGCGGGGCUUCGCCAAGCCCGCCGUCUGUCCGCAGUGGGUCGUCGACAGCGCGGCGCGGCGCUGCCGGCAGGACCCCGGGCCGUAUUUAUUGUGGCGGGCCUCUGGUCCUACAAAUGAAGCGCUGGCCGUCGUGCGCGCGCGGAACAACCUGCGGAAGGCGGGGUUUGGAUCUGAGGCUGUGGAAGAGGUUGUGGAUGACGCGUCGUCGGUGUCGAGUGUAGAGGUGCCUCCGGAAGAAGAAUAUGUGCAAGGGCCGUCGUUAUUAGGGCGCGUCGAAUCCUGGGCCGCGGUCGGCCCCGCCGUCGCCAUGUUCCUUGGACGGGCGGAUCCCGAGAACCGCGCGACCGUUUUAUUACUAUUGGAGCUCGCGUCGGAGCUCGUCGAGCGGUCGCGGCUGGAGGACGUGGAGGGGCUCAUGCGCCUGCUGGAGGAGCACGCCACCGCGCACCCGCCGUGGCGGAAAUCCGCGCGCCUUUUGUUUGACCUCGUUUCGUUCCUCGUGAAGGACCGCUACGGCUCCGAGCUCGCGGUCCUGCGGGCGCGGCCUGACUGGUUCUUCCUGGGGACGCCGUCGCAGUAGGGGAGGUAUGUGUAAGUUGUCCUUGUGCGCGUC